AGAGCGGUAAGUGCUGGGCCGCGGUAACCUCUGCUUCUGAAGUCUAACUCCGAAGACUGAUGACUGAAGCAAAAUAUGGCGAAUGAAGAUGAUGAUGUUGUCUGCUUAGACGAGUCUUUCUUCAUCAACGACAACUACCAGCUUACCACUUUCACAUUUGGUUCCGAGGUUCUUCAGCUCCUUUGUCUUCAAUCAGCUUCGACUGAUUAUGAUCUUACAGGGCAAUUAGUAUGGCCAGGCGCCAUGCUCUUGAACAAUUACCUUUCAAAAAAUUCUGACAUGCUCCAAGGAUGUUCUGUCAUUGAGUUAGGCUCAGGAGUUGGAAUUACAGGAAUAUUCUGCAGUAGAUUCUGUCGUGAGGUUGUGUUGACUGACCAUAAUGACGAAAUUCUCAAGAUACUGAAUAAGAAUAUAGAGCUUAGUGUAUCUUCUGGAUCAUGUAAUUCUUGUUCUGGAUUAGUAGCUGAAAAGCUAGAGUGGGGAAAUUCUGAUCACAUAAACCACAUCAUACAAAGACACUCAAGAGGGUUUGAUCUGGUUCUUGGAGCUGACAUCUGUUUUCAGCAAUCUAGUGUUCCCCUGCUUUUUGAUACGGUGGAAAAGCUCCUACGACUCAAAGGAGAAGGGCAAUGCAAAUUUAUACUAGCCUACGUCUCUCGAGCUAAGAGCAUGGACACAAUGGUUAUAAAUGAAGCUGUUUGCCAUGGGAUGCAGAUCAGUGAAGUCAAUGGAACCAGAUCUGUGGUUGGAAAUCUUGAAGGGGUGAUCUUUGAGAUAACCCUUUUAUAGAAGCAUGAGAUAUAUACUUCUCAGUCACAUUCAGCGACAACUGAACCUUGUGCUACCAUCCAGUGGCCCCAAUUCCAGCUAAUACCCCAAAUCCUUGGCUUACACUGAACAGAAAAUGCAACUUCAAUCUCGUAUAUGAAAUCUCAAGUUUAGGGUGACCAAUGUUGCCAGUGUGCAUUAUUCUAAUUCCAUAUGGUCAUUUUGUAUCUUUUUUUUCUUUUUUCAUUUUCCGUAUAAUUAUGCAUUUCUUAGAUACUUUUAAAAAACUUGUUAUAAUGAAUGAGGCUGCAGCCAAAAUUCACAAGCCAUUUCCAUAUCAGAGCUCUGAGAUUCAAUUAGGGUUUGAGGCUUGGGUGCAGAAAAUGCUGGAGGUUAGGUUUGUAUCUGGUCCACCCCUUCCAAGAGCCCAUAUUGCUGAGACCAGGUUACAUUUAUGUACUCAUCAAAAAAAGGUUACACUUACAUGGAAUUUGUUGAUAUUUGAAGGUUUAAUUGCUCUUUGGGCAAAUGAUUUUGUUUUCUAGUGACGAGGCACUCUAUCAUGAAUUUUUUGGGCAGAAGAAAUCUCAAGGUUGACAUUUCUUUCUUUUUCA